GUUUUGGUGGUAAUUGUGUUGAUUACAUUAAGUUUUAAUUUAUUUACAAGCGAUUUGACAGCAGGAAUAUCUUAAAAAUUCGCCAAAUACUAAAUUACAUGUAUUAUAGUGAAUUCGUUUUUUUUUUGCUUUAACCAUAAUUAAUCUUUGUCAGUUUACGUUUGCAAUUUGUAUGAUGUCAUAUUAUUAGUUAGGAGUGAAGUCCAACAACGCAAAGUGCUUUAUGUACUCACGAAGGAAUAUAAUAAAAUUUAAUUGUUUACAAUGCUUCCGGCAUUGUUUAGCAAGAAAAAGAAAGAAAUUGAUUACAAAGCCAAAUUAGAGCAUAAACUUUAUUUGGCGAGGGAAGAUCCUGAGCCUGUGUUUGAUCUGUCGGACUGUGCGCUGAGACAUGUUCCUGCCGGAGUCUACUCACUCUGCAGGGUGUUUAGAAAGGAGAUGCUUUACCUUCAGGAGAAUCAGCUGACUUCACUAAAGGGUGGUGGCAGUCUGCAAGACCUAUCCUUGCUUUGUGUCCUCGAUAUUCACUUGAAUCAGUUUACGCACCUUCCUGAAGACAUCCAUUUGCUGUCAAAUCUUAAGGUCCUGAACGCGAGCUGCAACCGGCUGAAGGCACUGCCGGAGGGCGUGGGUCGCCUGGCCGGCCUGGAGCGGCUGGAUGUCUCGAGCAACGAGCUGCGGGGACUGCCCGGCUCGCUGGGUGCGCUCGGGCGCCUGCACACCCUGGACCUGCGGGGCAACCCGGGGCUUUCCGCUCUGCCCCCCGCCCUGGGCCGCAUACCUGCCCUGCGGCAGCUGCUGCUGGACCCCGGCCUUGCCCGCGCAGAACUGGGAGUCCAACACAUGCUGCAGGAGACGUGCUCAAGCAUGUCCGCUUCUGACAACACUGUGCCGGAGCAAGACACUCAUCUUGAGGCGAAACUGCAGCUGCUAGAGAGAGAAAAGGAACAAAGACAGAAGGAGAGACUGUUGGUGGAACAACAGCUGGAGGAACUUCGCAGGAAGGAGGUUGAGUUUCAGAAUACAAUGAAACUGAACAAAGAUAAAUUGCUGGAGUGCCUCGCAACUCAGCAGAGCCAGCUCGAGAGGGAGCUGCAGAGGCUGCAGCUGGACCGUGAGGCCAGCAGGGCCCAGCUGGUAGAGCAGCUGCAGCAGGAGGAGCGGUCCACGGACCGCGUCAUCUCGCAGCUGCUGUCGCUGUCUGGCAGCUCACGCAGCUCCGCGCAGCUGUGCCACCUGCUGGAGCAGGAACUGAAGGAGGAGGAGAGGCUGCUGAAUGCUGCUCAAGACCAGUACCGCACGCUCAGGCGCAGGGAGAUACUGGAUGCCAUGGAAUCACUGUUUGAAGAAGAGUGUUGCAGAGAAGCCAAGCUCCGCGAGUACGAGCAAGGGCGUGUGGAAACAUCUCGCACUUUGCUCAGCUUGGAGGUGGAGGCAGACAGGCGGCUGGCGGGCCUGCUGCGGAGCCAGACGCACUCGCAGGGGGAGCUGGUGUCGCAGCUGCAGCGGGACGAGCAGCUGCAGCGUGCUGCGGUGGCGGCCCUGCUGGAGAGGGGCGACGCCCGCAGCUGCGCGCUGGUGCACCAGGUGGCGGUCGUGCAGCGCCAGCUCGCCGCGCUCACCGCCAUGGAGGUGAAGCGCAGGAAGCUGCACGUUGCCCAGCAGUUGGAAGAACUAUCUCAGAAGCGUGUGUCUCUGUCGGAAGUGCUGGUUGACCUGUUGUCUCAGCAGGCCAAGAGGCGGAAGCAACUUCUCGACAUACUGCAACGGAUGGAGCAACAAAGAUUGCUUCUUCAUCAGAACGAUGGUGGUGAGGGACGCGGGGAGGAGGACUUCUGGCUGCGCCAGUACCAGCUGCUGGUGGACUGCCGGCCGUGCAGCCUGGUAGAGCUGGAGCGCAGCCUGGACCCUGCGCUGGCCCACUGCCUCGUCCUGUCCGGGGCCGUGCACUGCCUGCCGUUCCUGUCGGGCUGGCUGCAGUCGCCGGAGCGUCUGCAGCUGCUCACAGAGGACGACCUGCAACAGGCUGGUGUUAGCUUGCCGCAGGACAGAGCAGCUGUUCUGGAAGCCGUUCACACUUAUCUGGACAAUGUGAAGGCAGCCAGUGGUCGACCGUCCGCUCCGUGUCUCUCGUACCUGGAUGAUGAAGUGGCAGCCACGGAAUGUGCCAUCUGCAUGGAUAGCUUGUGCGAGGUGAUCUUCGUGCCUUGCGGCCACAUGUGCUGCUGCACCAAGUGCUCUGAAGUGCUUCAGCAGUGCCCUCUGUGCCGAACCAGCAUCGACCAAAAAGUGCGAGUGAUCAGGUCGUAGCACCGCACCAAGAAAGUGUGCACUUCGCACUCAUCUGUGUGCCAGAACUAAAAAAUAAGUGUGUCUUAUUGAAUUUUUGGGUCUUCUGUCACUUGAAUACUCUCAAUAUUUAGAUGUUCAUGAUCAGAGUUUAAUUGCUGUACCCUUUUUUUACUUCAAUAAAUCUUAGUCCAAUGCAGGUAAGUUCAAAAAGAGGAGAUACAUUUAUAGGAAAUCAUUAGCUUUGUAUGGGACCACAGGAAAUGAGAAAAUCAGAAAGAAAUUAGAAGCAAAAAGGGGUCGGUUCAUGUAUUUUGUAAUAACUUAAUUGUGAACGUCUUAUAUUGGUUCUUUUUUCUCGCUAAGUCCUUGUAAAAGUACACGUACUCUGAUCUUGAACUUGGUUAAAUAUUUCAAGUUUAAACUUAGUGGUUAGUAGAAAAAGUUACCAGGUAUUUUAUAACAAAAUUUAUGUAUUGUUUUAUGUUCAGUCUGGCCACAGGCCGUAAACUGCUGUGGAUGGUAAUGCCGUACGAAUCUUUUAACAUGUUUGUGUGGCUUAAGGUAGGAGACCCUGUUAAUUCUCCAGUGAUUCAUCGCUGACCUCCCACCUCUAGUUCUUAUAGUCACUGAGCCAUGAUUCAUAGCUUUAUACCGCAAGGUGGCAAGGAGCCAAUUCCAUUUAUUGUUAAGCCUCCUGUCAUCAAUGUUGACUUUUUUCUCUGGCAAACAUGCGUAAGUUUUUUAUGUUAUUGAAGGACAAAAUGUUUUCAAAGAUUUAACAGUGUUUGUCAUAAAGUAGUUUGAAAAAGUCUUUGAACUGAAAUAUUUUUAACGUUUUGGUUAAUAGGGACAAAAGUAUAUACUUUGAUAAAAGAAAUACAAAUUGUUAAUGGAUUUAAAAGGAAACUGCAUGCUGACCUUGAAUAAGGCUGUGUAAAUGUUAAUAACAUUUUAGAAUCAGUAGUAGUAUUAUUAUGUCUAGGGUGCACACAGCUUGAAAAUUAGUAGUAAUUAUUAUAUAUAUAUAUAUAUAUAUAUAUAUAUAUAUAUAUAUAUAUAUAAAUAAAUUAAUUUAUAAUCUGGUGACUUCAAAAAUGAAAUCAUAAGGAUGAAUUACAUACAAUGACAUUGAGACAGAUAUGAUGUUUCUAGGCUGAAAUUUUUAAAAUCAUCACUUAAUUUCUUUAACCUAUUUAUAAUUUUGCAAUUCGUAAUUUGUCACAUUUGAAUUUGAAUGCAUCCAGCAUCCACUUGUCCUUAUUUAGCUAAGUUGCACCACCUGUCAAAAGAGGUUAUACAGAAUGCAAUUUUUUUUGUGUGCAUACUGUUGGUCCAAACCAGGAUUUUCAACUUGUGGGUCGUGACCCCCAGGAGGGUGCCGGUAAAUGAAAAAGGCAAGUGUUUGUAGGGUCUACUAUUCAAUAAAAAAAAAAGUACAAUUUUGGUGAGAAGACUGUGACUGUUUAUUUUUUAAUAAUUUGACGAAAUGUGGUUCUACUUUUGAGAUACAAAUAACUUAAUCAUUUUCUAAUUAAAGCCUAUUUCUCUUUUUAGUUUUUAUACCCACCAUUGAAGAGAACGUUAAUUCGCAAAGAUAAGAAGUGGUGAAUAGCACUAAUAAUUUUAAAGCGUCCCUUGCCAGUUCUAGAUAUUCUUGUUUUUUCAUCCAGAAGACGUAAAUAUUUUGAGAAUGGUAUUCCAUUUUAAGCAUGCCGUCAGCAGCUAAAUUUAUAAUAUUUUCUUUCAUCUUCAUGGUUAGGUCAGCCAGUUGUAAUGACAUAUCCACCUAUUCCCAUUGUCAGUUUUGCAGGGCUCUCACGAUUUCUUUGCACAGUACAAUUGGUUUUACGAUUGAUAUUUUGGUCUCAACAGAAAGAAAAUCAAGUACGUAGUUUUUAAAAUCACUGACAUAGUUUUAAUAUGACCCUUGGGGAUCGCCAUAAUUUUACUUGUAAAGGAGUCGCAUAUUCAAGAAGACUGAAAAACACGGGUCUAAACUAUGUUACUUCCUGAAGACAAAUUUUUACAGGAAAAAAAUUUCCAUCAUUACUAUUGGUUGAAACUGACCACUAUGCAUAUCUUGUAAUGCCUUUAUUUUACUUUUUAUUGUGAAUAUUAUUAUAUUAAUAGUUGGUAAAAUAAGAACUUACUUAUGACUGUUCAAUGUAAAAUAAUACUAACAUAGACUUUUUAACACUAGGAAUCCAAACUCAAAUUCAAAACUCUAAUUGGCAAUCCUUGGUUCUAUUAAGUUAGUCAGUCAGAGUUAAUAGUUGUGUUAAAAUGAAAAUUGUCACUCAUAGAAUUAUUUUAUGGCUAUCACUGUACUAUGUGGCUUGGAGAAGAACAUGCACAAAAACGUUAAUAUUGAUAUAAAGUGGCAUUAUAAGGUUUGAUAAUAGGCGUGUGAUUGUUAAAUUUAAUACAAAUAAGAAACCAGGGUAAAAAAUGGUGAAACAACAGAGUAUUGUGUGUCAGCUUCUGCAUGAUGUCACUGCAUUUUCCAGAAUCAUUAAAUAUUACGUUUACUGCAGUGUAUUUCUCCAGGUAAGCGUGUCAUGCCACUCUCAUCUGCUGACUACCAUAGGGCAGAUGAAUGUUUGCAAUAAUUUGUAAAUGCUGCCGCAGUUAUGAAUCAUCUUAACUUAAAAGAAAACUUGUUUUAAAUUACUUAUUAUACAGAAUUUUAGGUAGUGAAGACUCCAAAGCAUUCAUAAACCUAUUCUAAUAUAAGUAAACACUUUAAAUGAACCAACUUUGUGUUACUUGGUGUUCGCUCUACUUGGUCCGGCUGUUACAUGCAUAAACACUUGAAGAAAUUACUGGGGGCCAAGAAUAAUACAAGUUCCUUAGAAUACUACUUUUUGAGGUUAAUUCUGUUCACCUUGAAGAUUAUCUUGCACAAAUAAAAGAAUUCACAAAUAAAUUCCCAUUACCAAACACUAAACAUGGUCACCAUUUUAUGAUGCAGUAACAUUUACAUAAAGAAAACAAAAACUUCUAAAUAAAAAAAACUGUUCAUCACUUAGGCACGAUUUUUACCAAAGAUUUGUUGGGGAAAUACCAUGAUUGAUUACGAAGUAUGGUACAACCAUUGUCUGCUCAGUGUGACCACCAAUUUACUUAAACUGUGCUGCCACCUGUGGUUGGAUCUCGUAAUAAUCAAAACAAUGUCCUAAAAAAAUGUUUGACAGCACGGCCCGGACUAUAGACGUGAAAUUUUACAUUACAUAAAAUGAUUAAAUUUUGGCGACCCACCACUCAAUACAUCUACUCUUGCAGGUGCCUAAGUAACAACUAACGAGCAUGGCCACCCAUCUUCCUUAGGGAUGACCAAGGGUCCUCAUGUGCCAUAAUUUCCAACCUAUCACAAAAUUACACAUUUAAAAACCAGCGACUCCUAGGCACACCCAUAGCAACAGAAUCUCAACCAAAACACAAGUCUCUCGUGCUUAUAGCAUCCCACUUUCAGACAAAGAACCCUAGCAAAUAAUACAAAAGAAAAUUAUGCGAACACACACUAAAUCUUAACCAACCAAGCGAGAAAAAAAAAAGUAAAAAUAUCUUUAAGCAGCUUUGUUAAAUUGAAGUAACCAAACUAUCAGAAAUCAUACGAGUACAAUACUAACUUAACAAAAACAUCUGAAAUAAGCAAACAGCUGUUGUUUACAUGAUAUCAAAAAACCUAACCAAGUACUGAAUAUGAUCAGAAAAAUAAUAAUAAAUCUGUAGUAAACUUAUUUAGAGAAUGGGGAGGGCAGUUGCCUAGGUUGGAACAGAGGUUACUUUUAAGUGUGUGAGUCAUGGCUAGAAAAAGUACCAACAUGCAGUUCCUUUAUGAUUAAAUAAAAAUGUAAUAUAAUGUCUCUUUAAGUUUUAUUUAUUUUAAGACAAUGGAAUCUAACAUUUAAAACAUUUUAUACUAAAAAAUGUAAUAAACAUAAAAUAGACUGUAUUUAACUCUAGAUAAUUACUAACAAGCACUUCACAAACUUCUCUGAAUAUCAAUGUACUGUCUUGCAUUCAUAUUUUAAGUUCAUAUUUUUUGUGUUGAAAGUGGGAUCCAAAAAUUGUAAUGUACACUAGAACCUCGAUAAUCCGAGCUGGAUGGGACCGGGGCCAACUCGGAUUAUCAGAACCUCGGAUUAUUGGCAAUACGAAUAAAAACACGCAAAAUCAAUUUCUAAUACAUAUGUCGAUGUAUUAUAAAAAGAAAAUACAAACAUAUUGAAAGGCAGAAUAGAAAUAUAUACAUACGUAAUUAUUAUUUUUUAAAAUAAUCUAUUAUUGUUUUUUGUUUUUUUAAUGCUCCUCGCUUCUCAGCCGCUCGUGUGCUCCACUUCUUAAAAAACAUUACGUCAUUUGGCGUGACGUCAUCUUGCUGCUCCACGUAUUCGAGUGCCUUUUCUAAGCGUAGAAACCCAUCUGCAUGACUAAUUUUUUUGUUGGUUUCUUCUUCCUCUUGUUCGUCUUUUUCGGUGUCCUCAUCCCGGUUGUUGACCAUUUCAAUAAUUUUCUCAUCCGUCAAUUCUUCAAUUUCAUCACUGUCUAACCACUUCUUAACCUCUUCAGCACUGGAUUCCAUUUCGCAGCCAGGGAUUGCCACCAUUAAAUUCAAUAGAGUCAUAUUAUCACAGUCAUCUUGAACUGUUUCUUCUUCUUCACUUUGUGAAAAUCUCGGUUUUAUAAGUUUUGACCAGGAUUUCUGUAUAGUUUCCUGUUUAAUUUCUGACCACGCAUCAACUAACCAAUAGAUAACGUCUUUUAUAUUAACUGUUUUUAGCAUAUCUACUAAUGAAAUUUCUUCUUCUUGCAAAAUAUAUGUCAGAAGCAUGCGUCUGUAUUUUUUCUUUAUUGUCGCAAUGACGCCUUGGUCCAUAGGUUGAAUGAGGCUAGUCACAUUUGGGGGCAGGAAAACAGUUUUAAUUUCAUCACUUGAAAGCUCUUCUACGUUUGGAUGGGAUGGAGCGUUGUCAAUAACCAACAGUGCUUUUCUGGGUAAUUGUCGUUCUUUUAAAAAAGUUUCUACUGAAGGAACAAAUUCCUCGAAGAACCAAUUUUUAAAAAUGGUCGUAUUCAUCCACGAGUUCUUUUGAUUUUUGUAUGCGACGGGUAGUGUGUUCAUAUUUACAUUUUUAAAAGCUCUACGUUUUUUUGACUUUCCUAUCACCAAGGGACGAAGCUUAUGUGUCCCAGAGGCAUUGGAACAUGGUAGAACAGUAAUUCGUUCCUUGCUCUUUUUAUGCCCAGGAGCGGAAAUUUCGUCUUUGGAUGCUAGACUCUUGUCGGGUAGCAUUUUAAAAUUUAACCCAGUCUCGUCACAGUUAUAUAAUUGAUCAUGUGUGUAGCCCCCUUCUUCGAUCAUGCUUUGAAAUUUUUGAACGUAGUUUUCAGCACCAGCAGCAUCAGUUGAAAGCUUUUCUCCUGUGAUAUGCAAUUGCCGCACACCGUAUCUUUUUUUCCAUUUAUCCAGCCAUCCUUUACUGGCAUUAAAAUUGCUUUCACCUUCUUGUAAUUUAUUACGAAAAUACUGCGCUUUUUCUUGUAAUAUAGGCCCAGAAAGAGGGACACCUUUUUGCCGCUGUGCUAAAAACCAUGAAAACAAAGCUUCACUUGUUUUUUCGUACUCACUUUUUUUCAUACGAGAUCUGGAUGUUGUAGCCUGAAAAAGAUUUUUUUGUGUUUGCCAUAACUCCAAUUUCUGUCUGUUGCGCCUCCAGUCACCCACAGUAACAGCACUCACUCCUAAAUCACGCGCAAUUGUUUUUAGCGGCUCACCUUUAUCAACCCGCGUCAGUGCUUCUAAUUUAUCACUUAAUGAUAUUUCAGUAUGUUUUCUUUUACUCAUACUGGUUCGUAAUAGAACUGGAACGUAACUACAUAGAUGUGCUCACAGCGAAGAACUUAUGGGAACUAAAAAUUGCCCUCUGGAGGGAACGCGGGGAAGUGACGAGGGGGCGGAGGAUCUAGGCCGACGGAGAAAAGGGGUUUCCCCCAAUGUUCUAAAAAUAGAUUCUUGCGACUUCUGACAGGGGUGGGCGGCUACCUGCUAUGUACAGUCACUUACCCAACUCACCCCAUCGGGCCUUCCUCCUCAACGUAGCCCUGGCCGUCCCUACGUGUAUGCGUGUUUGCAAAAUUCGUAUUUUUUUUCUUCUCAUAACCCCCGAUACUGACUCGGAUUAUUGGGAACUCGGAUUAUCGGAGCUCGGAUUAUCGAGACCCUAGUGUAUUUCGAGUACUAAUUACAAACUUUAACUUGAUGUAAGUUUUUGGACAUACGCCAUUGCUAAGAACUUUUUCUGUUGAAGAAAAACUAAUAAAUAAAAUAAAUAAAUAAAAAUAAAAAUAAAAAUACUCAAAAAAAGAUACAAAAAACACACAAAAUUAAGCAAACAAUUGCUGUUGUCAACAAGGAUAUGAACACCACAAAAUAUUCCGAAACAGGAAUAUGGUCAGCAAACAAAGAAAAAACAAAGAAAAAUGUACUAAGAGAACGAAAAAAUCCCCACAAAUGAUGACAACACAAAAAUAUUGAAACCCAAAAUAAUUCAGCACAACAGUUGAAGCGAGACAAAAAACAUGACAAAACGAAAAAACAAACAAAUACAAUAGUUUUACCUAAACAGAAACAAGCGACGUUUCGGGAACUGCUAUCUGCUCCCGUCCUCAGGCAGAGACGCACAUGGUACGGAAACACAGGUGCGACAACAUACAAACUUUAAGCAGCACAUUUUCUUAAUACAUUGUGAAAAGUUUCAUUUUACAAGAUACAUUUAUAUUAACCACUGCCAGUUUUAUAUAGUCAUUGAUAAUGGUAGCAAUAAUAAUUAUGAAUUUAUAUUUAAGAAAAAGUUGAAAGAAAAAAAAAGCAUUGAUAUAACCUGAAGAUGAAAUCAAAUGUUUAAAUUAUCGUAAUUUAGGGUUACCACAAACUAGUCAACUUUCCCUUUGUUUUCCCUGUACAAUCAAACACAAUUAACUACUUGAUAGGGGCUGUAAAAAUAUGCAUCUAUUUUUUCUUUAAAAUUAGCAUAUAUUAAUUUAUAAGUUAUAUAUUAUUCUGAAAUUAGCUUUUUUAAUGCAACUUAUUUAAAAUUUUAUAUUUACAUUCCAAAUGUUUAUAAACUAAAUAUUCAUAUUGGUAUCCAAACACCUAUAUUAAUUUUGUAAAAAAAAAAAAGUUUUAUGUCUUUCUAGAACAAAAACACAAAAAAAGUUUUAAUUCUUAUUUUACUUAAAAGUUUGAUAAAUUUUAAAUGCUGACUUUACUUAAAAAUUUGGUAGUGCAAUAAGUUAAACAUUUGUAAGAACGACAAGUUCCUGCAGUAUUGCUGUGGCUUGCUUCACACUCCCGCUAAAGCAAAAUGCAAGAGAGUGCACUACAAAUUAUGAAUAUGAGUCAGGUCACUGAAAGUGUACAAGUUUACUAGUGUGAAACGGUCAAUUUUGUACAAAAAUUUAAAAACCAUUAAAAUAAUGGCAUAGUUAUGUGGCAUUUUAUAAAGGAUAUUAUGUUUUUCAAGGAAAUCAUUUUUACUAGCUUAAAAAAAAAAAUAAUAAACGAAUUUAUUUAGAAAAUUAGGUAAAGUAGCAUUUAUGUUGGAAAUUAGCAACAAAAAAAAUCCACACAUCUAAAGUAUAAUUUAGAAAGAUGCUAAUUUUUCUGGCCCCUACUCGCUGAGAAACUUUCAGCAUCACCUUAACAUGUUAGAUUGAGUGAAAUAUGUUCCAGCUAUGCAAUGCAACACAAACAAUGCUGCCAGUAUGUAAUGUAAAAACACUAUAUUUGUUUAAUCAGUCUUUGUAACAAUACAUUUGCAUAUUAUCUGGUUUUGAAAACAGAUUUUUAAAUAAUUUGAGCUUUCCCAGUUUUUUAGAUAUUUCCUGUCUGCAGAAAACUUGUGUACUGGCACAAGUCUUUUUUUAAGUUGUUUACAUUAAAAAUACCAUCAUGGAUAUCAUGUUGCUUGUUUCAACAAAUUUGAAAUAUAUGCCUUGGUUUAUAAACCAUAUCAAUUUAUGUAAAACAAUGUGUAUUUUAAGUUGUUAAAUUGUCAUGGUCUUGGAAAUGUUAAUGAUAGUUAAAUAUGUGUAUAUUAAUUUUUGGUGGUAAUCAGUAAACUGAUUUUAAGUAAAGCCUUGCAAAAUUUUAUUCAAAGCUAAUGACAAAUGUUCUAAAUAUUUUUGAAUAUUUAACUACAUAAUGCACAUUGUUGAACAGCCACUAUGUUGUAUGGAGCCAUGGCCUAAGUGCAUAACUUUGUUACUGUUGCCACACUUCUGUAUAGAAAAAAAAAAUUAAUUCUUAAAGUAUGAGUAUUUUUUACUUACAGUUGUAGUCAGUGCUAGAUGUAUUUUUAGUUGCAAUCUUUGUGCGCUGGGUCACAGUUUUGUCUCCCUAAUGUUGCAUAGUAGAAGUUAUAUUCUUAAGUGUAUUACACAUUAAAUUUUAAAAAUGCAUGCAACUUUUAUAAAGUGAUAAGUCUGAAAGUUGAUUUUAGUGACAUUCCAUUCAUUGGUCUGAAUAUGCAAAGUUGAUUUUAAAGUGUGUGCCUUUACUAAAAAUAUUCCUGUGCUAUUUGGUAUUUUCUCCUUGUGCUAUAGAAACACUGUGCAGUAGCGAUGCAGUCACUAAAUGGAUUAUUUCAUCUGUAUUAUGUAUCAAUUAUUAUGGCUAGAUUGCCAUCUGUUGUAAAUAAGCAAUAUAUAUUUGAAAUUG